AGCGUGGGUCCCCGCGUCCGGCAUGGCGAGAACGGCAGCGGCGCGCGCCCGUCGCAGCAGCAACCUCCUCCUCCGCCGCCGCCGCGGCUGCUGGCACUAGACCCGGGAAGCCGACGCCUGCGCGCUGAGUCCUCGUCGCCCCGCUUGCCUCCGCGCCGGCGCUGCGAUGGAGUAAGGGCCCCCGCUGCUGGUCCGUGAGAAGCGUGCCCCGCCUGGACCUCCCCGGGCCCGCUCCCGUGCGCGCCAGCUCCACCCGGAGGUGCCUCCGCGGCCGGACAUGCUGCUCGAGCGCAGGCCGCCCGCCGAGCCGCGGGGCUAGACCGAGAGCCGAUCCCGUCCGGAGCACCCAGCCGCGGCCGCCUCGGACGAACUCGAUCGCCGGUUUCUAUCUCUCAAUCUCUCUCUCUCUCGGGUCUGCAAGUCUCAGGGACGGAGGAGGGGCGCCAAGGCCUUCAUGUGUGGGAGGAUCGCUUCAGCUUCUCAAACUUGCACGGAUUUUGGUUGCUGCUUUGGCCCGUGGUUCCGCACGGAUUUCUUCCGAAUUGUUGCAAAAUCGCCAUUGUUCCCUGGCUGCUUACAAACUUGGAUCCGGAAUUUCUCUUCAACCGGGAGCCAUUGGUGUCGAAGUGUCUGCAAUGAACCCGGUGAAUGCUACUGCUCUCUACAUUUCCGCGAGCCGCCUAGUGCUCAACUACGACCCCGGAGACCCCAAGGCGUUUACAGAGAUUAACAGGCUCUUGCCUUACUUCCGACAGUCCCUCUCGUGCUGUGUUUGCGGACAUUUGCUACAAGAUCCUAUUGCACCCACCAACUCCACCUGCCAACACUAUGUCUGCAAAACUUGUAAAGGCAAGAAAAUGAUGAUGAAACCUUCAUGUAGCUGGUGCAAAGACUAUGAGCAGUUUGAGGAAAACAAGCAGUUAAGCAUCCUAGUGAACUGCUACAAGAAACUGUGUGAAUAUAUCACCCAGACAACACUGGCACGGGAUAUAAUAGAAGCAGUUGACUGUUCUUCUGAUAUCUUAGCUUUGCUUAAUGACGGAUCAUUGUUUUGUGAGGAGACAGAGAAACCUUCCGAUUCAUCCUUCACUCUGUGUUUGACACAUUCCCCAUUACCGUCCACUUCAGAACCCACAGCUGACACUCAAGCUAGUUUAUCUCCAAUGUCUGAAAGCACCCUCAGCAUUGCCAUCGGCAGUUCUGUUAUCAAUGGAUUGCCUGCUUACAAUGGGCUCUCAAUAGAUAGAUUUGGAAUAAAUAUCCCUUCACCUGAACAUCCAAAUACUAUUGAUGUCUGUAAUACUGUUGAUAUAAAAACCGAGGAUCUGUCUGACAGCCUGCCACCUGUCUGUGACACAGUAGCUACUGACUUAUGCUCCACAGGUAUUGAUAUCUGUAGUUUCAGUGAAGACAUAAAGCCUGGUGACUCUCUCUUGCUGAGUGUUGAGGAAGUACUCCGCAGCUUAGAAACUGUUUCAAAUACAGAGGUUUGCUGUCCUAAUUUGCAGCCAAACUUGGAAGCCACUGUAUCCAAUGGCCCUUUUUUGCAACUUUCUUCCCAGUCUCUUAGCCAUAAUGUUUUUAUGUCUACCAGCCCUACACUUCAUGGGUUAUCAUGUACAGCAGCAACUCCGAAGGUAGCAAAGUUGAACCGGAAACGAUCCAGAUCUGAAAGUGACAGUGAGAAAGUUCAGCCACUUCCAAUUUCUACCAUUCUCCGAGGCCCAACGCUGGGGGCAUCUGCUCCUGUGACUGUGAAGCGGGAAAGCAAAAUCUCUCUUCAACCUAUAGCAACUGUUCCCAAUGGAGGCGCGACACCCAAGAUCAGCAAAACUGUACUGUUAUCUACUAAAAGCAUGAAAAAGAGUCAUGAACAUGGAUCCAAGAAAUCUCACUCUAAAUCCAAGCCAGGUAUUCUUAAAAAAGACAAAGCAGUAAAGGAAAAGAUUCCUAGUCAUCAUUUUAUGCCAGGAAGCCCUACCAAGACUGUGUACAAAAAGCCCCAGGAAAAGAAAGGAUGUAAAUGUGGGCGUGCUACUCAAAAUCCAAGUGUUCUUACAUGCCGCGGCCAACGCUGCCCUUGCUACUCUAACCGGAAAGCCUGCUUAGAUUGUAUAUGUCGUGGCUGCCAAAACUCCUAUAUGGCCAAUGGGGAGAAGAAGCUGGAGGCAUUUGCAGUGCCAGAAAAGGCCUUGGAGCAGACCAGGCUCACUUUGGGCAUUAAUGUGACUAGCAUUGCUGUGCGUAACGCAAGUACCAGCACCAGUGUGAUUAAUGUCACAGGCUCCCCAGUAACAACAUUUUUAGCCGCCAGUACACAUGAUGAUAAAAGUUUGGAUGAAGCUAUAGAUAUGAGAUUCGACUGUUAAAUCAGUGGGUCUUUAAACCUACCCCUGGUAGGAAGUAGCUACAGCUUUACGGCAGCUAUGGUUCUGUUGGUUUAACUUGCCGGAGCUCCUGCAUAUAGAUCACUUGUAUCAAGUGUUUUCAUUGCUAAGUUAUAUGUGUUAGUGUCGGGGAAAUAGUUUGCAGAUAACGGAGGAGUAACCCUACAACUAUAUGUUCUUAGUUCUUACAGAACCUCAUAGUUUGAGAACAAAUGCUGAUGCAACUGAUUUAUACAGAAUGAACUUUGGCAAGGAAAAUAACAAUAACCUCAUUGUUUAUGGUCAUGCUUUGUGCAUAAUCAAAGUUGAUGAUUAAAUGUAAGGAAGUGGUAUCUAGUCAGUCCAUAAAGAUUGUGCUUUUUUUUUUUUUUUUUUUUU